AAUAUGCUGUAGAGCAAAAGAAUGAACAAAUAAGUGAGGUCAUUCUUAAGCUGGACCUUGGAAAAUGAAUAGAAUUGACUUUUGCAGCUGAGAACAUGACUCAGUUCUAACCUCCCAGUCACCUUCAUCAUACCCGUUCCCAUGCCCACCCCCAACCAAUGGAAAAUGGAACACUAGGGGCAGGGGAGGGGGAGCUAGGAGGCCAGGAGCCCAAGUCACCCACCUGACGGGACUGAGGCUGAGGGGAGCAUUAGCUGACUGAGGAGGUAUCUGGGGCUCAGGGCUUCCGAAGAUGAAUGAGGGGUGUUGAUGGGGCUCUGAGAGGAAUGGCGGGUGCAGUCUGAGAAGGAAGGGGUGUCUUGGAGGAAGAGGGGUGGCCUGAGAAGUUAAGACUCUAAGAUGUGCAGAUCCGUGAGGAGUGAGGUGCUCUGAGACAUGGCAGCCUGUGAGGAAGAGUUGGGGGAGAGAGGCGCCCUGAGAAGUGAGGUCCCCAAGGAGUAGGGGCUCUGAGGAGAGUUGAGGGCCUCUAGGAUGUUGGGGCUCUCUGGGAAAGGAGGGCUCUCAGGAGCUGCGGGGGUUGUGAGAAGUGUCUCUGAGCAGGAAUGGUUGCUCUGAGGGAGUAUAGGAGGCAGAGAUGUGGGAAGUGGGGGGGGUCUCUGAGGAAGAGCAAAGCCAACGUUGCGCUCUCGGGGCCUGGAGGAAGGUGGGAGUGGAAAGCGUCGUUGCCUUGGCAACCCCCCAAAAAUGUCCUGGGUGGUUGAGAGGGGCAGUUAGGGGAGUACUCGUGCGCGGGGCGCGACGGCUUGGCCCGCGGCUGUUGGCUGGCGGCGAUGGUAGGGCGGGUCCCUGGGGUGGGGCGCCGUCGCCGGGCUGGCUGCGGUUGGCUGGAGGCGGCGGUGGGCGGGGCCUAAGCCCGCGCGCGCGGCUCACAGACUGCAGCAGUUGGUUAGGGCGCCCGCGCGAGCUCUCUAACCUCGGCGGCUACUGGUUAGGUGCCGGCCCGGCCCCGCAGCUCAUGGACGCCCAGCAGCACCCCUCGCACCCCCCGCCGCCGCCCUCCGCCCCGCGCCGCCCGCCGCCCUCGCCCCCGCCGGACUCCGACACGGCCGAUGUCCUGCAACAGAUCAUGGCCAUCACCGACCAGAGCCUGGACGAGGCGCAGGCCAGAAAGCAUGCUCUGAAUUGCCAUCGGAUGAAGCCUGCUCUCUUCAGCGUGCUCUGUGAGAUCAAGGAAAAGACAGUAAUGCGCGUGCGUGGCACUCAGGAUGAGGGUCCUCCCGACGACGACGCUCAGCUCCUGAGACUGGAUAACAUGCUGCUGGCCGAGGGCGUGUCCAGGCCAGAGAGGCAAGGAAGAGGAGCACCGGCGGCGGCGGCCAGCACGGCAACCCCAGGUGGCUGUCCAAAUGACAAUGGCCUUGAGCACUCUGACUACAGGGCCAAGCUGUCGCAGAUCCGACAGAUUUACCACUCUGAGCUAGAGAAAUAUGAACAGGCCUGCCGUGAGUUUACUACACACGUCACCAACCUUCUCCGGGAGCAGAGCAGGAUAAGGCCUGUCUCCCCCAGGGAGAUCGAGCGCAUGGUCCGCGUCAUCCACAGCAAGUUCAACAGCAUCCAGAUGCAGCUGAAGCAGAGCACCUGCGAGGCCGUGAUGACCCUGCGCUCGAGGUUCCUCGAUGCCAGGCGUAAGCGGCAGAAUUUCAGCAAGCAAGCCACGGAAGUGCUGAAUGAAUAUUUUUAUUCCCAUUUGAGCAACCCUUACCCCAGCGAAGAAGCCAAAGAGGAGCUGGCCAGGAAGGGUGGCAUCACAGUCUCCCAGGUCUCCAACUGGUUUGGCAACAAAAGAAUCCGGUAUAAAAAGAACAUGAGGAAGUUUCAAGAAGAGGCUACCAUUUACACAGCUAAAACAGCAGGGGACCCCACAGAAGUCAGGGGCCAGGGGGGCCAGGCCAGCUGCCCAUCGAUGCCCAGCUCCAGCCAGAGGCAGCUGGCAGGUGAAGCGAAUGUCAACCACCUCACCUGUUGGAGACCCCGGUCACGUCAUCUCAGACGCAACUAAUUAAGUACUUGGAUGAGCAGAAAAAAGGAUGGUGGGCCCUGUGGUGGUUCUCUGGCACUCGUGUUACCUCAGGAAACCCAGAACUGACAGCAGGCAGCGCUCCCCGAGCUGACCGGCAGGCAACACUGAGGCCAUCUUUUGCUUGUCAGCUGAGAUUUGAAACGGGCUGACGCUGCUCAUUCUCCCAACCCCAUUUGGUUUUUUUGAAAACUAAUUCUCUGGUUAAACUGAACUAUUUCUUAUAGGACUUGGCACAGUUUCUCCCAUUAAAAUUUUGGACUGAUUUUUAUUUCAAUGUCGUUCACUCCCAGGGCUGUUCCUAGCGGCGCUUGACCUCACAGGAGCAGGGCUGCAGCUGCACAGUUGUGUAAGUUGUGAUUCUGUUUGCUCCUUUGUCCAUUCAUGUGCCCACUUGCCCAGACCCUGCUUCCCACACCCACUUCUCUUGUGUCAUUUCAGACAACUUUGAUUUAAGUCUGCUGUAAACUCAGAAUUUUCCUGGGAAUUGGUUUGACACUCUUCUUUUUUUCUGUUAAUACAAGUUCUACCAUUUUUGGUUGGAAUGUCAUUAAAGACGAUAUAUUUCCCAA